UUCCUCCAAACAUCACCCCAAAUUAGCUCUAGCAAUGGGCCGUAUGCUGCCCAACCAAAACCACCACCGUAAUGCCGCCCCCUGCCGCACCCGCCACACCCCGCCAUCAUCCUAACCUCCCAACCAUCCACUCCACCGUCUCCUGGCUCUUCCUUUCCCUACUCUUCCUCUACAUUGUCUACUAUUCCACCAUCCUCUUUGAGCCUGCCCCUACCUUUACCAACAAAACCACCUGCCAAGAUUCCGAUAACCGCCUCGAAAACCUCCAAAGCAACACAAGCAAACCAACACAAACCGAGCUCAAACACAUUGCAUUCGGCAUUGCAGCCUCGUCGAGACUAUGGCAGACCAGGAAGGAAUAUCUAAAGCUAUGGUGGCGGCCUGGGGAGACACGAGGGGCGGUUUGGCUAGAUAAGCGAGUAAGAACCACCAAAGACGAUAACCUACCCGACAUCCACCUCUCUAACGACACCUCAAAGUUUCCAUACACAAAUCCAGACGGGGAUCGAUCCGCUAUUAGGAUUUCUAGAGUGGUAUCGGAAACACUACGGUUGGGAAUGGAAGAUGUGCGGUGGUUUGUUAUGGGAGAUGAUGACACUGUGUUUAUUGUGGAGAAUUUAGUUAGGAUUUUGUCUAAGUAUGAUCAUAAUCAGUUUUUUUAUAUUGGGUCGACGUCAGAAAGUCAUAUUCAGAACAUGUUGUUCUCGUAUGGGAUGGCGUUUGGUGGCGGUGGGUUUGCGAUUAGUUACCCGUUGGCGGUUGAGUUGGAGAAGAUGCAGGACCGAUGUCUUCGAAGAUAUUCCGGUUAUUAUGGGAGUGAUGAUAGAAUGCAUGCUUGUAUGGCUGAACUUAAUGUUCCACUCACCAAAGAACUAGGGUUUCAUCAGUAUGAUGUGCAUGGGAGUCUAUUGGGUCUAUUAGCAGCCCAUCCAGUAACUCCAUUUGUCUCACUCCACCAUCUUGAUGUAGUGGACCCAAUAUUCCCUGGGAUGACUAGAGCACAAGGCAUCAAACAUUUGCUAGAAUCAGCAAAGUAUGAUUCUGCAAGUAUCAUACAGCAGUCCAUCUGCUAUGACAAGAAAAGAGAAUGGUCCAUUUUGGUGUCAUGGGGGUUUGCGAUCCAAAUUGUACGCGGAAUCCUGUCUCCAAGAGAGCUUGAGACACCAGCUCGGACAUUCCUAAAUUGGUACCGAAAACUAGACUAUACAGCAUAUGCAUUCAACACUAGGCCUGUUACAAGGCACCCGUGCCAGAAGCCUUUUGUUUAUUACAUGAGUACAACUAGGUAUGAUAAACCAAGAGAUAAGAUUAUUGGGAUUUAUACUCUUCAUGGAGAAGAAUACCCUUAUUGCAAAUGGGGUAUGGAAUCUCCCGAAAAGAUAGAUACGAUUGUGGUGUUAAAAAAGGAAGAUAGUAAUCGGUGGACAAAGGCGCCAAGAAGGGAUUGUUGUAGGGUCUUGCCUGCUAAAGAGAAAGGAACUCUAUACUUGUGGGUUGGUAAUUGUCAAGCAAAUGAGGUUAUUGAGUUGUAAACUACUAGAAGGGUACUCUAGUUUCUCAUCAUGUACGUAUGCCAUGGGGACAGAUCAAUGCCUGAACCGAGCGUUAGAAGAUUCAUAUGUUUCCCAGCAUCCAAAAUAGAUGGAUCAACAAACUCCAAAACCGAACAUUGAAAUCAUUGUAGCUAAAUGUUAGCAAUAUUCAUGUUUUCUGAUCCUUCACUAUUUUCCUUUUGGUAUACAUAGUGAGCGUGUAAAUGUUAGAUCAAACUUUCAACAUACCCUUGAUCUGUAUCACUGAAUGCUAAGGUCUUAACAU